AGAGAAGCAAGUGAUCCAAUGUCCACAUCGUCAGGUAACAAACUUGAAGCUUCAAAAGAAAUGUAUCUUGUGCCGCAGAUGAAAGCCUGUGUCCUGCUAGCCUGCACUGUGGCCCUGGUGGCCGCCACGCCCUCCCACAAUGACUGGCACCAGUUUAAGGCACAGUUCGGGAGGCAGUACAGAAGCAGCCAGGAGGAGGCGUACCGCAAGUCGGUGUUCGAGCAGAACCAGGAAUUCAUCGACAAUCACAACAAGAAAUUUGAGGACGGCAUCGUCACCUUCACACUCAAGAUGAAUCAGUUCGGUGAUCUGACAACAGACGAGAUCAACCACAUGAUGAACGGGUACCGAGGGAGCCAAAGACGCCACCCUAUGCUCCUUCACCAGUCUAAGGAAGAGGAACUUCCCAAAACUGUGGACUGGCGCGAGAAGGGCGCCGUCACCCCAGUGAAGGACCAGAAGCAGUGUGGCUCCUGCUGGGCAUUCUCCACGACCGGUUCCCUGGAGGGCCAACAUUUCCUCUCCAAAGGCAAGCUGGUGAGCCUCUCUGAACAGAACCUUGUUGAUUGUUCUGACAAGUACGGUAACUUUGGCUGCGGCGGCGGGCUCAUGGACAGUGCCUUCAGGUACAUCAAGAACAACCACGGUAUUGACACCGAGCAGUCUUACCCUUACGAGGCCAAGAAUGGCCCGUGUCGCUUCAAGACUGGAAAUGUUGGCGCCACCCUCACUAGCUACGUUGACAUAAAGAAGGACAGUGAAGAAGAUCUCAAGAACGCGGUGGCCACGAAGGGACCCAUCUCCGUUGCCAUUGACGCUUCCCAGCCCACUUUCCACUUUUAUAGCAGAGGAAUUUACUAUGAUGAACAUUGUUCGUCGACAUUCCUGGACCAUGGAGUGCUUGCGGUGGGUUACGGUACUGACUCUGCUGAUUAUUGGCUGGUGAAGAACUCCUGGAACAAGUCCUGGGGCGACGAGGGAUACAUCAAGAUGUCCCGUAACAGGAAUAAUAACUGCGGUAUUGCGACCCAGGCGUCUUAUCCUGUCGUCUAAGACCUGACGUAAUCCACGCCGCUUCUCCACAAAGCCUGGCCGUGGCACAUUACCGUAAUUAAUAACUGAAUGGUGUUGUUUUUGCGUUUUUGAGAGACUGUCGUUCAUAUAACCACAGAAACACUAUUCUUGCCACAUUGACUGCAAUGAAGAAACAUGAUUUAGAACAUUGCAUAUGCAUCUGUAUGCCAACUUUGCCAAACUUUACGAAAUAAAAACUGUCUGUAUAAUUCAGAGAUAAUAUUAAAGAAAGAAAGAAAGAAGACAUUAAAAGUACAUUAUGUUACAUUUUGAAAAGAAAGAAGGAAAAUAAAAAAAGGACACAUACAUAAGGGAGGACUGAUGCAAAGGAUUAAUUAAUUCCUUUUCAACCAAUACCAAAAAACGUACAAAAUAAUGUAGUAUGAUCCUCUUAAAGAAAAAAAACAAUAUGAAUGUCUGUUGCGCGGCAAUGACCAUGUAGUGUUCCUUAAUUAUAUCACUUAGAAUAAAUUGAAAGUUUUCUC